AUGGCCGGUUGUUCUUGUUUCGACCCGCGCGCCGGCAAGGAGGAGAAGAUGGGCAAAAGGCCUGCAGACCACAGUACUCCUUGUGGAGAGUCCAAACCAACGUUGAACGACGAGGGUGAAGACAGCCAGAACGCGUCCCCCGUCAUCUUCUCUGAGCUGGUUUUGGGGGACGAAACGAACGUAUCGAUGACCUCGGAGCAGGCUUGUCAGGCGCCUGUUGCAGCGAGUACUGAGUACGGCGCUCCCGCAGUGCUGGGCAAGCAGAGCUCCGGGUUCCUGGUUGUGCCUGGGACAUGCCAGCAGCGCAUUAGCAGCAGCAGGCAUUGGAAGCCGGACCAGGAGGCCAGGAACGGUCAAGCAGCAAACGCGGGGGGAACAUGCCAACGACAGCGCGGGAGUGAGUGCUGUGCCAGGGCUCCCACACCAGCCGGGUCUCCGCAGGCAUAUUUUCCCAGGGCCGUUACAGAGAGUACUUAG